AGGUCACAGAUCUAUUCACUGGACAUCGAUGGUAUCGCAUUAAUAAAGGAGCAAAGCUAGAGAUACAUAAACAGAGCUCUUGUUUCCAUUGAAACGUGGUCUCUAUCACCGGUCCUGGAUCGUGGCACAUCCUUUCAGAGGAAUAUUGCUGACAUCAAUCUCCGAUUUGCCAUGAUUGAUGGUGGAGGGAGCUGAUGUUUGCUCAAAGGGCUAGCAACUGAAAUCACAGGAUGUCAGCUUUGUUCGACUUUAAGGCCUUCUUGACCGUCGUGCUUUUGACGAUAUGCACUUGUACAUACAUCAAAGGAAAGUUCCCAAGCCUGCUGAACGAUCGGACAGGUUUCAGGGGGCUCUUUUGGAAAGCAGCUCGAAUUGGGGAACGACUCAGUCCUUGGGUGGCCAUCAGUUGCAUCUUUAUGGGCUUCACCACUGUCUUCGCCUGACGUGAGGAGCACUUUCAUUGUUGUAUUCUUCUGGCCGCGCAUUGGUGCAGAAUUUUUGAUCUUCUUCGCUGGAUUCGAUCGGGUACUCUAGAAGAGUCCCUGCACAGGUAGGCAGAGGGAGACUUUGCCGCAUUGGGAGCAGAACCGCAUGCCAUGAAGCCGCCAAAUCAGCUGUAAACGGGGUAUUGGCGUCGCUCUGAGAAGUUUAUCAGCAUGAUGCACUUCCAUGAACGGCCCAUUGUUGGAGGAUGUGGAAAGACAAUACUGUUGAAUCAGGAAUGCGUGAUCUGCCGUGCCUGCGGUUGCUGGAAAGCCUGCACCUUUGCCAUUUUCUUCGAGGCCUAGAAGGCGCUGUACAUCUUAUUCUACAUAGGACAUGGCAUGUUGUUGAAAACAGCCAUUGAUCUGCUGCACAGCCACUAGUACUGGUGCCGUUGUGAAUGAAGAACACCUUGGACAGUAGUGAGUGAUGAUAUCGAAUACCCAGCCUGAGCUGCACUGUAUGCGCCAGUUUUCUUAUCCUUAUGACAUUUCAACGUCGACCAGUACUGGACAUGCAUGCCAUUGUGAAGCUAUCACGCCGC